UUUUAUGAAAGUUCCACAGUGGCAAAAUCUGCUCUUGUCAAUAUUAUAAAAAAAAUAUUUUCUUUAUUUCUGCUAUUUUUUGUCAUUACAAAUUGUCCGAAAGUGUGCAAUAUGAUCAUUUAAUUAUGAAGUGUAACAGAGCUCAUUGAGAACCAUACCGUGAAACAUUCAUUGUCUGCAAAAAAAUAUUUUUUUAACGUGGCCGAAUUGCAAAUUGAAAUCUCUCUCUGCAAUAGGCAAAGUGACAGUGAAAAUAUGACGUGACAAUACUUAAUUUUUCCAUUGUUUUUAGUGUUAUUUAUAGCCCGUAAUUUAUUGGCAAGCAAUGUCUAGGCAAAAUACGAAUUAUUAUUCGGGAGCAGCGCCACCGUUGGCGCAUCACAAUCAGAUGCCAGCUGGACAUUUCAAUCAAUAUCAAAUGCAUGGCCAGCAGCAGCCACCACAACAACAACAACAGCAGCCGAACGAAAAUAGUUGGAAUUGGCAACCUCAACCACCUGCUCCGUCAAUGAACACCUCCGUACCGAAUUCAUCCAAUGCACAGCAAAUGCCUCCGCCUCCACAACAAUUCAAUGCAUCCAAUGUGUUUGACAAUGCAAACACUGAUGGUUGGGGAGACUGGGGCGAGAGUGAUUGGAAUGAAAAUUCACAAAAUCAAUUGCAACAACAAAAUUUUGGUGUAAACCAAUUUAAUGCAAACAAUGUUCCGCCACCACAACCACUGUACGGACAAGCGACACAAUACCAACAACAACCGCCACAUCCUUUUCAAUCUCAACAAAACAGCGAUCAGUACGGUCAUCCGGCACAGCAUGUGACAAACAUUGCUGACAGUUUCGGUGAUAGUUCCAAUUGGAACUGGAAUGCUAGUGAAAGUGUUGCACCGGUUGAGCCGUCAUUUAAAACCGUCGGAAAAGAUGCGGCUCAAAAACAUUCCAGGAAUACGUCGAACGCUAGCGAUUCAACACCGAUGCUGGUAGAGAAAACCGAAAACAAUUUACCCAGGCCGCCUGAUAACAAUAAAAAUACUCAACUCAAUAACCCGGCGAUGAGCCGAAUCAUCAAGAGUGAACGGUUGCUGACACCACAAUGGUCAACCGAAAGUCAAAUGUCUCACACAUCAAGUGACCGUUCUAUCGAUAGUGAUGCACUAAAUUCGCGUAGUACAACAUCGUCCGAUGAUCCAAGCCAUCAUCAGCAGCACUACCCGUAUCACGAGACAAAUCAACAAAGUUUAUCAAAUUUUGGAAUGGAAAAUGAAAGUUCCCAUUAUGUCCACAAAGACAAUAACGGCGAGGCGAACACCGUUGACAAAUUGGACGAAGUUUUGUUCGCUUUGAACGUUGAUCGUCAAGCUACCGAGAGUUCAACGAACUCCUAUGAAAAUCAUUCGAACGUCAUUCAACACCCACCAUCGUUCAAUCAACAACCAGUGAACGAAUGGAAUCCCGUUCAAAGUACACCACCGAUCAACUAUCAAACAGACACAAUUUCCUCAAUUCAACAACCAAUUAGGCCUUCAUCUGCAUCAAGUUUGCCUCCGCCACCAGCAUUUCAAGAAUAUUCACGAACAACACCGUCGCCUAUGAAUCAUCCUCCGAACGCAUCCAGUCCUAUGAAUUUACCACCACCGCCAGCAAUGCAUCAAAUGAUCCGUAAAAAUUCGUCUCCGUUAAACCAACCACAACCGCAACCUACUCCACCUGCAAUGAAUCAACUGAACAAUGCUUUUUCGUCUGAACAUACUGGAAUGUUGCCACCUCCACCAAUGCAACAAACACAGCGAAAAAAUUCAUCGCCACUGAACCAAAUUUUACCGCCUCCAUCGUCAGCUUCCGGCGGCUUAGAGAAUCCAUUCAAACGAACCGGAGCCCAUACUCACAACAAAAAUAUGUUCCAUUCAGAAUCGACUGCCUCACCAUCUGUAAGCUCGUUGCCGGGUCAACUAAAUCAAUUUACGCCUAAUGAAUUCAACCAGCAGCAACCACCACCCGAAAAUUCGGAAGUAAUUGAUCAAACACCAAACCGUAAUUUUAUAUCGCAUGAGAAUCAUGAACUCGCGCCUCACAACGAUCGUAAUCAAUACCUACAGACUGGUCAUUUGUCCGAAGAGGCCUUUAUGCCAGAUGAUAGUCAAUCUAUGAAUUUAGAAUAUCAGAAUGAUAACCUACCACCACCCGGACUGUCACGUCUAGUACUGGGUGAACCGGAAGUUGAAAACCAUCAGACUCAUCCUACCGAACCUCCGCCAGGACUAGAUCGUAUGGUUCCCGGUACUGAUUUAAUAAAUUCGACGCCACUGAAUUUGGAUCGUCAAGCAGAUGGUCAGGAUACUAUGUCUCAAGUAUCAGUAAUGCGUCCAGUUAGCGUACCAAACUAUCCGAUGCAACACCAACAACAGCAACAGCAACAUCCACCACAACAACAACAUCAUUCUAAUGUGCCAGUCAUUAUGUUGGAUCGUAAUUCGUAUUUACUAUAUUCAGUGCCUGGUGAAAGUGACGUGCAUACGCAACGAGUGGUAACCGGCGGAUUGGAACGAGAAGAAUCUUCUCGAAGUGCACAAGAUGUGUCCGUAACUCCUCUUGCUGAAGAAGAACGAGAACUGGUAAUGGAUGGAGAAAAUCUUGAGGACAACAAUAUCAAAGAUAGCAACCCGCUAUCUCGAGAUGAUCCAAUUGAGGGAGCUAAUACAGGAGAUGAAACUCAUGCUACUGCUAAUGUUGUGGAAAAUGAACAGAUUGUUUCUCCUGUCGACACAACCAAGAAAUUCAACUCGAAUCCAUCAACAUGUAACGAUGAUAGCGAUAAAGAACGUGCAUCCUAUUAUCGGCCACGGCGUGGCGACGAAGUGACAGGUUCGCGUCGACGAAGAGAUAAGAAUGCGGAGCGUUAUGAGACAGAAGACACGGAUUACAGUGACAGGGAACGCGGCAGAUUUAAUCGGGAAGGAAGUUCGCGCAAUGAACGGUCUAGACGUAGUAAAGAUAAGGAUGACUGGCCAAAGGAAAGUAGAGAACGGUACAGAGAUGAUCGCGAACGGAAUCGAAAAGAAGGUGAUCGUUAUCGUGGUGAUAAAAGUCGCCAGGAUCGUUACGCUCGCUACGAAACGGACGGUUCGCGAUAUGAAACGGAAGAUUCGAGAUACGAUCGCUAUCGCCGUGACGAUCGCGAUCCUAGAGACGGUGGUCGUAGACAAAGAAGAGGUGAAAACGAUCGAGGUGAAAGAAAUGAUCGAGGUGAAAGAACCGAUCGAGGUGAAAGAACCGAUCGAGGUGAUAGAACCGAUCGAGGUGAUAGAACCGAUCGAGGUGAAAGAAACGAUCGCGGUGAUAGAACCGAUCGCGGUGAUAGAAGCGGCCGCUCUGAUCGUCAUAACGAGAGCAAAAGUAAACGAUAUAAAGAUCCGAGUGAUAAUAGGCGAGAAAAACCAUCGCGUCCGUCGGAUUCGUAUUAUGAUUACGAAGAUGAUCAUUACCGUCGAACGGGUAGCCGAACGGGUGAUCGUGGCGAAAAGGAUGGAAGAUAUGCAACACCGAACUAUUACCAGCAAGGCUACGGAUAUGAUCAAUAUUCGUAUUACCAACAGCAGCAAUACUACGAAACUAUGCGACGAACGAAUCCACAAGCCUAUGCGGAAUGGUAUAAAAUGUACUACAGUCAAAUGCAACAAGCUCAAAUGUCUGGAAGUGCCGCGCCUACCACGACUGAUGGCCGUGAUUCUGUACACUCGGGUAGAAGUUCAGCAAAUGAAAAAGAGAUGUACAGUCGUUCGUCUAAUCAUCAACAAAUGUACUACGAUCCAAAUUUAUAUCAGCGACACUUUAGUCAACAGCAAAAUUCAACAAUGUUGGAUAGUUCUUACAUAGCCGAUCGGGAGCGUCAAGCACAGUCGCUAUCACGUCAACAUUCCUUAACAAAAUCGUACAAUGUCUAUUCAGAGUCAACAAGAUUGGAUGCCAUCGAAUCGGUGCAACAAGGUCAACAGCGAUCAACACCAUGCAAAUUCACCGUUGACCACUCGGUAGCAUCACUAUCAAACGGAAUCAUGGUCUGCGUAAAGCCGCAAUAUUCGGCGAACGAUUUCAGUAAAGUGGUCAAAGUCUUCAGCAUGGGUGUGAACGAUGUCACACGAAAAUUGUAUCAAAUAUACCCCGGCCCAUUGAUACGCGGCAUUACGCAUAAGAAGACAAUAAUUGAAUUUUGUGAGGAACAAAUUCGACUGGGGCCGUCACUGGCCAGUGUUAGAGCGAAAGGUAAUUCGAUGUCGAGUUUGUAUUCAUCUGGUGUGGCGAAUAAGGCAUCCUACACGCUGAUGUGGAAUCUGUUGAUUUUACUACUGAGACAGAAUGGCAUGGUCGUUGGAACAGACAUAUCCGAGCUGUUAUUGAAGAACAGAUCGGAAUUCCCGUACGAAACAGCUUCAACGAACUCAAUGACGUCACUCCACAGUCGUCGCAAUUCAACCGAUUCGGGGAAAAAUCGCCUCAACGAGGACACUAGCGAUGAAUCGAAUGAUGUAAACGAUUCGGAAUCAAAGAAAUCCUUGAGCGAAGUGGAAAUAACGGAAAAAUUCCGCAAUUAUCUGUUGUACGGCAAUGUGAACGAGGCAUUGGAAUGGGCUACGGAUAACAAUUUGUGGGGACACGCACUGUUCUUAGCAUCGAAAGUCGAUCGUCGAUCGCAUGCCAAUGUUAUGAUGAAAUUUGCAAAUAAAUUGGCGCUGAAUGAUCCGCUUCAAACGUUGUAUCAAUUGAUGAGUGGCCGGACACCGUCAUCAGUUACGAGCGUACAAGACGACAAAUGGGGUGACUGGCGUCCCCAUUUAGCUAUGAUACUUGCAAAUACUUCACAAAAACCCGAACUGGAUCGAAAAGCCAUUACAACUCUUGGCGACUCAUUGUACAAUCGCAGCGACCUGUUUGCAGCCCAAUUUUGCUAUUUGAUGGCACAGGUCGGUUUCGGCAAGUACUCCAACGUUAACCAAGAGAGUGGUUUGAUGCUAAGUUCAUCGAAUGCAAUUCGAUUAAUUCUGCUGGGCUCGUCACACCGAAAACCAUUCAAAGACUUUGCUACCAAUGACGCUAUUAUGAUGACAGAAAUCUACGAAUACGCGUGCGCUUUGAAUGACGAUUCGUUUUCGAUCGUCGACUUCCAGCCAUACAAAUAUUUGUUAGCCACACGAUUGAUCGAUUAUGGUAUGCAUGUCAGAGCGUUGAUGUACUUGGAACAGAUUUCCUAUCACAUUCAGAAGAAUGUCAGCAAAUACGAGCCUGAUUUUAUCGGCAAGGUUUAUGCACUCGCCGAUCGUCUCAAAUAUUUCGAUACCGUGUUCGAUCGGAAUGCGGACACGUUCCAGGAUGAUGGUGGGGAAUAUUCCAAUGUUGCUUCUCUGGGCGAUCAGCAAUGGCUUCAAAAUCUGUUCCAGACGGUCAAUCAAUUUGGGAAUUUAGCGCAACCACCCGCCAUACCAACAAUGGCCGUUCAUGAUGAUAGAAUGUAUCCGUCAAUGGAAACAAAAACCCACAUCGAUCAGCAGUUCGAACAGAUCAACCAACAAUUCAGCGAACUUAACCUUCAAUACACACAAAAUUAUGGAUUUGAACAGACGGCGCCUGUUAGCCAACCCUUGUCGAUGGAUUACAAUCCGCCACAAAAUUUUGGUGGACAAGGCGGCCUUGUUGAUAACAGCUACAAUCCGUAUGAUCAUGGGCAACAACAAACCGUUGAUUCCAUGGGAGCUGAGAACAAUAUGAUGUAUGACAAUGAUCAACAACAACAACAACAACAAUUCGAUCAAGUGCAGAAUGAUCAGUCUGAUUAUUGGAACCAAGUGAACUCGAACGAGCCGCCGGACUCACGGAACCCAUCAUCGCAUACACCAUCCAUGCCAUCAAUCGAAAACAUUGAGCCCGAACCAGAACUACCGAAACCGUCUAUCUCCAUGCCAAAUUCCAUUUCAAAUAAGCCUGGCUUUUAUGACGAUCCACCGCCAGCCGCCUCGUCAGCCCCGACCAAGCAACAAAAUUCGUCUGACGAAGCACGCAAAGAACAGUCUAACGCCACGAAAGUUCAAAGUCAAAGUGCAAAUUCAAACAGCGGCUGGUUCGGUGGUAUUUGGAAUAAACUCUCUCUGAAACCGAAAAAUCAAAUGAUUUUGCCGGAUGAUAAAAAUCCCUCUAUUGUAUGGGAUCCUGACAAGAAAAAAUGGGUAAACACGGAUGGGGAUGCCGAUGAAAGUGAACAGUUUAGGCCACCUCCCAAAAUGGCAGACCUAGCUGCCAACAGUCAACCACCACAUAGUGCUAAUCCACCCCUAACACAGCCCUUGUCGCAUGAAAAAUAUUCGAAUCCGAAUCCCGUUCCCACUAAUUUACCACCGGCAUCAACUGGUUUCGAUCAACCCGUGCGAUCAAUGCCAACAGCGAAUCCGUCGACCGGUGGUGAAGCGACAAAGGUUCCCAAUUUGCAGUCAAAUAUGUUUAAAAUGCAAAGAAACCGAACAUUAAAAAAGUCUUACGUUGAUGUGUUCAAUCCGUCUGGUGCACCGGCAAAACCAAUCGAACCGAUAAUGGCACCAACAGUGCCAAUACCAUCGAUACCACAGAGUGGUUACUUUGUUCCCGGAGCUGCGCCCGCAAUUGGUGACGGUCAAUCCCAGCAAGUAGAUAAUUCAACACAUUUCUACAAUCCCGCUCAACAUGGUGCUGGAGGUUUCCAACAGUAAAAGUGACACUUAGUUCAUAGUUAAUCCGUCAGAAAUAUUGGCAUGUCGCUUACAGUUUCAUUGAAUUUAUUAUAAAAUCGAUUUUGUUCUACCUUUGAUAGAAUUGAAGCUUAAAUCAUUGCAACGAAGGGCCUUUGAAACCUAAAUUAAAAAUGGGAAGAAUUUAACUUAGUAUCGGUGUAUCACACAUAAUUUGAAUGGUGAACAAUUCACUUCCACAUUAUAUUUUAUUCGGAUCUAUUCUCUGGGUUUUAUAGUGGUUGGUACAGAGAUUAUAUUUAUUGUUGAUGAGUUGUGGAUUCACUGGAAUCAUAAAUUAAAUUUUUAAUUUUGAAAUUCUGUUCAGAAUGAGCUAUUUUCCUUGUCUUUAAUUUGGUAUACCCACAAAACCAAUGACUUUAAUAUUUCUAAUGUCUUUGCACUAAACAGUGAAAGUUAGCUUAGGGCUCUGGCAUUAGAAUCAUUUUAAAAGAAGCCAAACGGAUCUGAGUCCUAGAACUUCAACUGACCCGCAUGUCUUAAAGAAAGGCUUUCAAUAAGAGCGGCAAAAUGAAUUCGAAAUAGAUGCAUCAUCAAGAUUAGUCGUCUGUGUCCAUGCAACGGAAACAUUGCUUUUGUGUUACAAUUAAUUAAAAGUCCAUCUGAAGCCAAACGGUGGCAAGUGUCUAAGAGUAUUUCAUCGGGUGUGAUUAAGUUAAAAUGGAAUUUUUUUUGUGUAAUUUUUUCUUUUGUUAUUGUUUCUGGAAAUAUAUUUUAUUUUUCGUCGUGUAAAUAUUGUUUAGAUGUCGUCAUUGGACAUCAGCAAGAAACAAGAGAUGUGUAUACGGUACAGUGGAGUUUAAAAAAUAUUUUUUUUGUUUCGUUUUAUCUUCUUCUUCUGCUGUUGAUUUUAAAUAGAGAAUAUUUCGCUAGAUUUUUUUUUUAAUUUUAAACAAUUCAUAUUCAUAUCAAGUUCUUAUGUAUAUUUUUGAUUGAUUUGCCAACUGUGAUGGAACUAUGAAACAUUGUACGAGAUAGAGGUUGAGAGUGAGAAAGUUAGCAACACACAGCUGCUUGUACGGAUGAUAGGAAUUUAGCAAAUUUAUAAUAUUGAAGUAUGAUGAUGGAAACCUUAACAAUUUUUUUUUUCAUUUUUGAACAAUAUCCAAGUCAUUUGUCAGUUAUAAUAGACGUAAAGUUAAUUGUUGUUGAUUUUGUAUAAUGAAAAACAAAACAAAUUGAAACGAUUUUUACAUUAAUAACCUACAUAGAUUCCAAAAUAUAGUUACAAAACAUAUAAUGGGUUGGUAUAAUAUUAACGAAAUAAAUUAAAA